UCCUCUGUCAACAACCGGCCCAGGAGCAGCGCUUCCUGUUUUGCCACACAUGUUCCGUCGUACUGUCUCUCACUAAGAUAACAGUGUGCUUAACGUCACAUAUGCAGACUAGUCCGUUUUUUCGUCUUCUUCUUCGGUGUUUUGGGUAUGGAAGGACGGUGUGCUGUUGAGACUUGGGCAGAGUUUGGCUUUUCAGGAACAUCAUGCACACCGAGGCUCAAGUUUGGUUUUGGUACAGAUGUGUUCCUCUGCACUGGCAACGACGAGGUCUAUGUCUUCAGUUCUCAGGACAGAAAACUCACAGCUGUCAUCGAGUGUCCUGCUCCUGUGACGGACCUAGUUGAGAGUCAUGACAAGCAGUUCCUCUAUGUAGCCUCUAGAAGCGGAGUUUAUUGUGUCAGCUUACAAUCUCUGCCAUCCAGAGCUCAAAGCUCCCCAGCUGACGCGUCCUCCGGUCCAGCCGAACUGAAAAUGUCCACUGAGUUUCUUGCUGUUGCAGAAGAAGGAGUGUUAUCGCUGCUCCUCGUCGGCUCUGUCCUCCUGACUCUUUCUCAGAGAGACACGUCCUGGGUUUUGACUUUGUACAGAUCCUCAAACUAUGAGAUGCUCAGUUCAUUCAGUCUACCACUGGUCUCAGGAGAUGUACACAAUGAGGCGGAGGGAAAGACGGGAAUGAGAAGGAGGCCUCUGCUGACUUGUGUCCAUUCUAGUGUUGCAACGCCGCCAUCUUCUCCCUCCACUUCUUCAACUGCAAGUGGCGGCCACUUAUGCCUCGAACCGGUCCUCUUCAAACUUCUGUUUGGGAUCGACGCCGCCCUCGCCAAGUCACCAGUCAUCCUAUGUGGCCUGCCAGACGGGCGCCUGUGUUUUCUUCCUCUGCGUCCCCCAGGAUCGCGGCUCAGAGUCCUCCACAGCCUCGAGCAGCCAGUCGUAUUUGUUGGAGCAUCUGGUGUCAUGGAAACUGGUCCAGGACACGCACGGUGUUUGGUGGCAGUGGGCGAACAAGGGAGAGUGGUGUUGAUAAAAUCAGACAAGGGAGGGUCGGAGGGAGGGGGCAACAGGACGGUUUUUAUUGAGGGCUGUGUACCGGGGCCUGUGAUGUGUGGCUGUGUGGAUAAAAAGCGUCUUUACUACAGCACCGGGUCAGACCUGCUGCUACUGGACCUAUCAGAGGUAUCAUCUGAGGGAGAAGGCCAACAGAGGGAUGUAGGGACAUCCAGUAUGACAGACGCUGCCCUCCAAAGCCCCACGAGUUUGAAUGUGUGCAGAGUCGUCGCCUUGGCUGAGCCUACAUGCAACACUGCAGGGGAAGUUCAGCUGCUGGGACUGUCUGUUAGAGGGCAGCUCCAGAGGAUGACCUUACCUGUGGAAAGAGAGGAUGCAAGAUUGCCCACGGUGCCUUCCACAAAGGGGGGCCGCAGCGUCAGGGACCUCCUGUCCGCUAUCGGGGACGUCUGUGAAAGAGCAUCCCUGCUGAAAACUGCCAUCAAAUCCAAAAACCAAAUUCUGCGGCACCUGAAUCAGGUGCUGAACAUCAGCUUCCUGCUGAUAGCCAGCACAAAUACCGAAGAGCCUCUUCCCAUCCAGGAGAAGCCAAUCAGAUGUCACGCCAUGGCCGGUUGGAGCAGAUUACUUCAGACAGACUCCCUGAACCUGACAUGUGUCCUGGAUAAUUCAAGUCCUUAUGUUUUGGAACGAGGCUGGACGCUGAGCAUCGGCGUGUUUCCUCUGUCCUGUCCUCCCGGAGCAGGAGGGGAAAGCUCCUCCACAAAUUUCUCUUUCCCGUUCCACAAUCUCCAUCCAGGUGAGACGUUGGAAGUAUCGCUGCCCCUAGCAGCUGCAGGUGAAGCAUCCUUCCCCAUGACAGUCAGCUGCUCGCUCAUCUUCUCACUCACCGGCCUCCUGGGCGAGGAGGCCGCAAACCUCCCUGGUCUGCAGGACAGUUGCGUCAGUUUGCCGUUGAACACGCUGACAGUGGAUUGGCUGCACGCCCUGCAGGUGACCGGUCCCAUCGCGACCCAUAGAAAGGCCGCAUCUCGACCCAGGGACACGACAGACCCCAUCCAAGCUUUUUUGAGAUCACGCCGGAUUGGCCGCGGUGGAAGAGGAGAGGGAGGAGGAGAGACUGAGCGAGAGCAGCAUGCGGCAAGCGUUCGGGUGUCGUCGGAGUUACUGAGGGACACGCUGGUGUGGAAAGGCUCAGAUUUGGACGCUCAGGGGCGCUCAAAGGUGGCUCCUCAAAAUGUGGGCCUCUCUCUGCUGGAGUGGCUGUUGUCCGAGGCUCCUGGAGGCGUCGCAGCGGAACGCCAUGGAGACAAGAUCGCACUCAGCGGCUCAGUGGUCCACGCGCAAGAUCCAAACGGACACACAGUCAAACUGACUGCAAAAGAGGUAGAUGUAGGGGAGGAGGAGUCCCUGGCCGCAGUGGAGGUUCAGGUUGAGAGCUCAUCUAUAGCAGCAGUGUGUGGACUGCAUCAUGCUGUGCUGCGCCGGAUUCAGGCUCUGUUGCAGAUGGCUCCCGAGAGGGCUGCUUCUACAAAGAGCAUCCAGAGUUUAGGUUUACGACAGGCUCUGCAGCGGGCCGAGCGCCUGCUGCAGCAGAUCCGACAAAGUCGAAUCUCAGGGGCUUUCGGUGUGGGCGUGUCCACGGGGCAGAUGAGCCAAUCGCUUCUCAGUGUUUACCAAGAACUCAGAGAAAACCCUCUCCUUAUAAUUUAACACUUUGAGCCCACGCAGCUGCCCUCUGCCUCCUCCAAUGUUACGUAACCUGUCUUCACAGCUGAUGCACAACUAAUAAUGUCAAUCAAUGUGCUUUUACAUCACAGUAAAUGUAUAUUUUACACAAAGAAGCAUUUAUGAUUCAUUAUUUUGCUGCUGUACAUCACCUAAGUCUUUUGCUUCAACUCAACCGCACUGUACAAACCGUUACAUUCAACUCAAGGUGUCUGUAGAGCUCAGGUGGAAUAAAAAUAUGUCUAAAUGGGUAAACUCUGUCUUGCAGCUGGUUGAAGGUUGCCGUUUCACAAUAUCAAAAAGUGUCAGACAUGUAGGUGUAACAUUGA